GCCUGCGCAGUUCUCGCUGAUCGGAGAGACGGAGACGGGGCUCGAUCCUCCGCAGAGCGCAGCUUUCACCGGCGGCAAACCGGAAAAAACACCGAGCACGAGCCAAAUCCUCUCACGAGCAUUUCACCGAACCUCCGGGGGAGCGCGGUGAGCGGGAGCCCGCCGGUGUGUCUGCCUGCAACUGGCGGCAGACGGCGGAGGCUCAGUCACUGUUAACGGAACCGCAGGCGGCUGCAGUCCGCUGAAAACGAGCUAUUCUGCCCCGACCUCCGAGCUACCAUCCGGGCUCCAACCAGCGCGAGGCUCCGGGAUGCAAACACCAGAUGUUGGCCUGCUGCUGAUGCUCCGACCUUCCAGAUGUCCGAGCUGCACCUUCCAGCCUGAACCCAGAGAUUAACGAACACGAGCUCACAUCUGGAGACAAAGGAUCAUCUGGAGGACAAAAGAGGAAUAACACAUCAUCUUCUGGAGAGCCAACCGGGAAACAGCAUCCGGAGGAUUAAUGUAAACAAAGAGACCAACAUCUGGAGGACAGACUCUCAGUGACAGUUUGGAUGUGACCAGGAGACGCUGUGAGGAUGCGGACCCGUCUACCCCUCCCGCCGGUCCUGGUCCUGGUCCCGGUCCUGGUCCUGGUCCCGGUGCAGGCUCGCUCUGUGUCAGCAGGGCGCUCUGACACAAACAUGGUGGUGGAGGAGUCGGUGAGCGCUACAGUGAAUGCGACGGUGCUGGACGGGCGAGGAAACGCCAUCCAUGUGAUUAGCAGCGAUGACGGGAAGUAUGGACAGAACUCCCCCAAGGUCGACACCAGGGGUGUGAUCGUCGCACCUGCACCGCAUCACGGAGUGGUCGACCGGCAGGGAUGCGACCCAAACACUCACUUCCAGGUCCCGCCCCGCAGCGUCCACUGGGUGGCGUUGAUGCAGAGAGGUAACUGCACCUUUAAGGAGAAGAUCUUGAAGGCAGCUGCGUACAACGCCACGGCCGUCCUCAUCUACAACAACUCCCCAGUGGACACCGUCAAGAUGGGACACGAAGGCACGGGUGACAUCGUGGCGGUGAUGAUCACAGAGGCGUACGGUAAAGAGAUCCUGGCCCACCUUGAGCGGAACAUGACGGUUCUGGUCUCCGUGGUCGUUGGUCAGCGCGGGCCCACCAAGAACAUCAACCGAGGCUCGCUGGUCUUCGUCUCCAUCUCCUUCAUCAUCCUCAUGAUCAUUUCGUCAGCUUGGCUCAUCUUUCACUUCAUCCAGAAGAUCCGCUACACGAGCACUCGCGACCGCAGCCAGCAUCGUCUUGGAGAUGCAGCGAAGAAAGCCAUCGGAAAGCUGAAGACGAGGACGGUGAAAAAAGGAGACAAGGACACAGAGUCAAACCACUGUGCGGUGUGCAUCGAAGUGUACCAGCUGAACGAUGUGGUUCGAAUUCUGCCCUGCAAACACGUCUUUCAUAAAGCAUGCGUGGACCCCUGGCUGAAGGAGCACUGCACCUGCCCCAUGUGCAAACUGAACAUCCUCAAAGCUCUCGGCAUCACGACCAGUGUUCCCUGUGUGGACAGCGUUGUGUUGGAUGUGGAUCGUCUCGGUGCCAGUCAGGCACCUGGCAGCCAGAGGGCGCCCCUUAGUGACAACAACCAGCCAUCCAUCAGCCUCGAGCCACUCAGCCCCACCCACUCUGAGGCCACGCCCAGAACACCUGCCGAUAUCACUAUCGCCGUGACCAGCGGCGGUCGCUUCUUCAGCAGGAACUCCAUGUCUCCUCGCAGCGUCAUCUGUGAGAUGGAGCUUCCGGAUAUACAGGCUUCGCUCGACCUCUACGAUGACAACAAGUCCUGAGGCUGGUUGUCACGGUUACUGCCCUCCAGCAACAGCACCAUUCCAGUUGCUGAGAGAUGUAGGACCUUUUAUGGACACAGGAAGUCUUCAUAUAGUGUUUCCUGUUUCGGAGGGGAGUGAAUCUGAUCUUUAACCAUCAUUUAUUCUACCAGAUUUUCUACAAACUGAACACAUCCGGGUCUGAAUCUGGGUCUCGAUCCUGGUCUGGAUCCCACUCUUGAAUUAGAGAUUCUCGUGUUUGUUUGUUUUUUCCUAGUAGAGGGAAACUAGAAGACGUGGAAGCAAACAAAUCAGCCUGAACUGAACCAGAGCACCUGAAUCCAGACUUCCUGUCCACGUCUCUGUGUUCAGGCAUAGCUCUGGCUGACUGAUGGUGACAUCAUUAACAGGCUCCUGAACCCUGUAAAGACCUGGACCACAACUUUUUCUUGUUUGUAACUGCUGAAUGAGAUCUGUAGUCCUCUGUGUCCCUGGACAGAACAAGAGCCAGAUGAAAUUCUGGACCCGGAUCUGGACCUGAACACUAGACCUGGACCCUAAACAAUCAUGUGGACUUUAAUAGUGUUAACUAUUAACUCCCUGUAGCAAAAAAUAUUAAAGGACCGAUCCACCACUUCAGGAAACCUCCCAGUGGGUGUGGCGUUCCUCAGGAAACCGUUCUGGGUCUUCUGUCCUCAGAUUUAAAGAACAACGCAGCAUUUUCAGAAACCUCACGUUCCCGUCUCAGAGAUGGGUAAAGACGAGGAAUUUAAUUCAAUCCAACCUAUGAUGUUAGCAUAGUUUAGCACAGAGGCUGAAGCCGAGGGGAAACUGUUAGCCUGCUGUAGACCGCGACAGACUAAAUCUAACGUGGACACCGAACACCUCUAAGAAGUUAGAUUAGGAGGUUUUCAUUAUUUUCAACUAUAAUGUGAUGCACAUACUGUUUAGUCACUAUUAAUACGGGUACAUCAGUCAUCCUGAUAAACAGUAAGCAGGCUGCUGAGCUGCUAACUAAUACUAACAGAUGCUGAUCGUUGCUAACAUGUCUGUGCAGUAAAGACUGGGGGUCCUGAAGUGAGGGACUGCUCCGUUAAUGUGUAUUAAACAGCUUCUGAAUUACUCAUUCUGUUAUUCUAACAAUAAUAAUAAUCAGUAUAUAAACAGCAUAAUACAAUCUGUAACCUGACUGAUCAAUCAGUAUUAUCUCUGAAGUGACCUGAAGUCCUGCAGGACGCUCAGCUGCUAACUGUCUCUCUGUCUUUGUCUCUUUGUUUCAUGGUGGUGGUGAUGAAGAAGGACGUGGCGCUUUUAGUUCACUGUGUCUGUACUGCCUCAGCAUUAAAUGUCAUCAAAGUGUCUUCAACAUGCAAA